CACACAUCCAACGUCAGAAAAAGAGUAUAAUUGUGAGUGGAUGGUGGUGGCAUGGUCUUGGUCCGACAAGGGCUUGGCACGGGCGGUGCUAGCGAUCUUGGUCUGGCAAGGGCUUGCGGUGGACGAUGGUGGUAUGGUCUUGGUCCAGCAAGGGGCUUGGAAUGGACGGCCCAAGUCAUUUCAGUUGGCACCAAAGAAGUUCCCCUUGUAGGUUCGUGUCAGGAGACCCUUGGUCCAGCAAGGGCUUGGAGUGGACAGUGGUGGCCUGAUCUUGGUCCGGUAAGAACUUGGACUGGACGAUGGUGGGAUGGGUAUAUGGUAGCUCCUGCAUUGCAAGUUGAGUUGGGGAAUCCAGGGAACUUCAUUUUCAGGGAAAAAGUCAUCAUCGUUUGAUCAAGAUAUUUUAGCAUCAAAAGGCAUCUCUCUUAGUGGUCCUGAAUCCAGAAAGGAACACUUGAAGUCAGUUUCUGAUACAUUAAAUCAUUAAUGCACCUGCUGAAAAAAGGAAACUUUUAGGGUCUGUCUUCACCUUACGCAUUCAAGUCUCCUAACUGCUUUUGGAGGAAUUUAAUCAACUUUUGCAUAAUCA